AUGGAGAAAAGGAGCUCUAUAGGUGGUGCUUUGGGGAAAAACAUAUCGAAAGAGAAGAGAGGCGAGCCACAAGGCUGUUCAGUUGGCGACUUAGACAACAAUGAAGGAGGUAACAGCGCCAAGCCAAGUGGCGCGAGUGGGCUGGGCGAUGGUGGGCACAGGCCAGACGGGGACACGGGCAUCAAUGCAAGAACUUAUGAAGAUGAGGUGACUUUGCUUGCCCUUUGA